CAAUCUAUUUGGGUUCUUCUGCUUUAAUAUCCGGUUGACCAUUGCUGCAUGUACAUAAGUACAUACUCAUUGUCCACUUUAGCUGCACUGUUCUUGAUCCUGUCUGCUGUAAGGAUGCUGCAGAUUUUAAUCAGCAUUUUAAUUUUGAUUAAUUUGCAAUCAGCUGUGUUGUUCAGCUUGGAUAUGACGGAGGAUGCAAAGGCGGACAAACCCCGGGCUGUGUUGACUGCACAUGGAGACACUGUGCUGCGGGGGACAUAUACAUUCCCUAAUCUGACCUGCUCUAUCAAUGACCCUGAUCAUGACUGGACGUACGAAUGGUUUAUAGACAGCUCAGACUAUGGGCACAAGUUUGAAGAAGCUCAAACCAUCUCUACGCAUGAUGUUGGAACAUACAGAUGCAGAGGGAUAAAACAAGAGCCUGCCCUAAAUCUAAGUAAAUUCUUCACUGAAUACAGUAAUGCAGUCUACAUAGAGGAAAUAAUAUCAAACAAAGCCACAAUAAAAGUUCAAAACUCAGAGUUUUGUCCUGGAGAGAACAUCAGUAUGACAUGUGAAGUCAAUGAACAGCGCAGACCUAUUCUCUGGUUGUAUGAAUGGAAAACCACCAGAUCUUAUGACAUCCCUCCAUCACGGGAGAAGUUUGAAAUCAGAAACGCUUCAGAGGCCCAUUCUGGAGAAUACUGGUGCAGAUGGACAUUCAACAGAUAUGUUUUUACAGACUGGAGUCCACCAGUCACUGUUAUAGUCAACCCCAAGGCCACAGUGAGUGCAGAUACCACCUUUUUACCAGCAGGGGGCACAGUGACACUGAGCUGCUCCGUCAGUCCGUCUUCAUCUGGAUGGAAGUUUUACUGGUACAAAGACACACAGGCCACUCUGCUGCAGACCACAGAUGAGGCAGUGCUGAAUGUCUCCGAGAGGGGGCGCUAUUGGUGCAGAGGAGAGAGAGGAAGCCCAAUCUGCCACACAGCGUUCAGUGAGCCGAUCAGCAUCCAGGAAAUAGACAUAUCCUCCAUUAUCAUUGGAGUUGUAUGUGCUGCUGUUCUGCUCAUCCUCUUCCCUCUGAUCUUGUGUCGGUACAAGAAAACUAGAGAAGGACGUCAGAACAGUAAUGAUGAAACUGGUGGAGCUGAUUACCAAAAUCUGACCGAGGAAAAACAUCAGGACCUGUAUUCAGAUCUUCUUCACAGUGAUGUAGGUGUCUGUGCUAACUAAGAAAUGAGGCCCUAUGUCUAAAAUUCCGAACUGUCCAUUUAAAGUGGCUUCUUUUUGUUUUUCUUCAUUCAGUGUGUUGUAUAUGCUUUCAGCUGAUGUAAUCAACAUUUCUCAGGGGUGAAACUAACUGCAGGCACUGCUCUGUCUGAAGCUCUGUUACUCUUUUUAGACUUUAACCUGAUCUUUGGUUUUAACACAGUCUGAUCAGAAAGAGCUGAUUUUAGUUGGAACUACAACAGGAGAGCUGAUCUGUGCACCUUCCAUUAUACACUUUCACAGUAACAGUUAUAACCCUGUAGCUUUAAAUAAGUGCAGUCUGUUUUUUAAUGCGAGAUAUGUCAUUGCUAAAAAAAUGAGGAAAUUAUAAGUAUGAUUAAGAGUGUUCAAGAGUAAUUUUGUAUCAUUAUUUGUGUUUAGAUUGCAAUGUUUUAUUUUUGUGUAUUCUGUGUUCUGUAUGUCUCAGGGACUGCAGAAGGAAAUGAGCUCUGUUAUAAUCUGUUAUAAUCUGUUAUAAUCUGUUAUAAUUACAUGCAACUUCAGUGUCUCUUUGAUUACUGUCCCUGUACAUGAUCUUUGUAAAAUAAACUAAAAAACAAACAACAACAAUGUCAUACUAUGGAACAUCCAAGGCAAAGCAAACAAGUAGCGCACCC